AUGAUCAUGCUAAGACGACUAUAUUCCAUAACUUGCAAAGCGCCAACUCCUAUUUCGAAAAUAGAGUUCAAACAGAAAUUAAAUAGUCUACCGUUUGCUUCGGUGACCCUUCACCAACCACCACAAAAUCGUGACUGGAGAAAUGAGCCUCACAUCUCCAAUAAGUCUCUACCUUCAAAACCUAUCGACAUCCGAGGAGUAGAUGCUGCUGCAUAUCCACAUCUUCAGAAGAAACUGUUGCUUCGAGGCAUUCCUGUUUUGGUGCAAAAUAAGUUCUUCUCUGUGAAGUUUGUUGACUCCACCCAUCAUCUUUCUUUGGUGAGAAAGUCCAAUAUCGCAUACACAUUCAGCAACUAUGGAACGCCUGUGUUGAACGAUAAUUCAUUAGCCAUUGCCUUUAAAGAGUAUAAGGGUACUUACAAGAACUUAGAUUUCUUCAAGUCACAGCCGCAUGGUACUGAUACUGCUUGUGCAAGAAUCCAGUAUCGAAAACGAGUGAAGAGGAGCCUCUUUGAGGCGCUCCAUCAUGAAAUUCCUAAUUCAAAUGAUACCGAGAUUCGCUCUGUGAGUGGAAUAUUUCUCUUCAGGUUCUCUACAUGUCCGUCAACAGCGGAAGAUUUUGCUUUGGUAGACAAAGAUUUGAAGGCAGGAAUUGCAACGAUAUUACGGAACAAGCAAUAUAAGGCGAAACUCCAGCUAGUUACAAAACAACAAAAUAAGGAAUUUAAGAAUGGCAAAGCGCUCGUCAAGCAAGUGACUAUGGAGAACACCUUAGGAGCUAAGAGAGUUCCUGGUUAUUACCCCAAGCUACCUUUCAUUCUAGAGAAGAUAUAA